CUGUGUAGCUUUUCUGGGCUCUGGUCAUGGCGGACCAGGAGGAGACGUUUGCCGUCCAGAACUCUCCGGGAGGUUCGGAUUCAAGGGAAUUACAGAACGAUAAUAAACCAGAGAAACAGAACGGGACUUCGGGGAAAUCCCCAUCAUCGCAGACAACAUACAUCCAGCAGGGAAUGGAAGGCAUAAAGGUCUACCUGCACGAAAGGGAACUGUGGAUCAAGUUUCACGAGGUGGGCACGGAGAUGAUCAUAACCAAAGCUGGACGGAGAAUGUUCCCCAGCUUCAAGGUGAAAGUGACUGGAUUAAACCCCAAAACGAAGUACAUUCUUCUGAUGGACGUGGUUCCUGCGGACGAUCAUCGAUACAAAUUCGCCGACAAUAAAUGGUCUGUGACCGGGAAAGCAGAGCCCGCUAUGCCCGGGAGGCUCUACGUCCAUCCGGACUCCCCGGCCACAGGGGCGCACUGGAUGAGGCAGCUGGUCUCCUUCCAGAAGCUGAAGCUGACCAACAACCACUUGGACCCGUUCGGACACAUCAUCCUCAACUCGAUGCACAAGUACCAGCCGAGGAUUCACAUUGUGAAAGCGGAUGAAAAUAACGGCUUUGGCUCCAAAAACACGGCCUUCUGCACUCACGUUUUCCCGGAGACAGCGUUCAUUGCGGUCACGUCUUACCAGAACCACAAGAUUACACAACUAAAGAUUGAGAACAACCCGUUUGCAAAAGGCUUUCGUGGAAGCGAUGACAUGGAAUUGCACCGGAUGUCCAGGAUGCAAAGCACCAAAGAGUACCCAGUAGUGCCUCGCAGCACGGUGCGACAGAGGGUCGGCUCCAGCCACAGUCCGUUCAGCGGGGACGUCCAGGGCAUGGCCACACCCAGCACCCUGAGCUCCCAGUACUCCCAGUGUGAAAACGGGGUCACAAGCACCUCCCAGGACUUGCUGCCCCAGUCUGGCUCCUACCCACUGCCACAUGAGCACGGACAAGAUUACUGCAUCAAGAGAAAAGCAGAUGACGACUGUCAUUCAGGCGAACACGUCUAUAAGAAGCCGUACCUGGAAAGUUCUUCCAGCGAGGAGGACCACUACUAUCGUCCCGUUGGCUACCACCAGAGCCUCAGCCUCGCCAGUGGGGCCUACCGCAGCGAGUCCAGCCAGCGGCAGGCCUGUAUGUAUGCCAGCUCCUCGCAAGGCGCAGAACCUGUUCCCAGUUUGGAGGACAUCAGCUGCAACACGUGGGCCAGCGUUUCUCCUUACGGCAGUUGUUCAGUCACCACCAUGCAGCCGAUGGAGAGGCUCCCCUAUCAGCAUUUUUCCGCUCACUUCACCUCAGGGUCUCUGGUGUCCAGACUGGGAGGGGUGGGGGGCCACGCCUCUCCACAGCUGGGCGAGGGCCACCAUGCAGCGAUGUACCAGAGCUCCAUGGCCCACCAGACUCUAGGCCGCCAGUGCAGUUCUGGAGCUGGGAUCCAGUCGCCGACAGCUGGCUUACAGGGAAACGAGUACCUCUAUGCACAUGGCAUACCACGCACUCUCUCGCCACACCAGUAUCACUCUGUACAUAGUGUAAGCAUCAUGCCAGAGUGGAGUGAGAACAGCUAAGAAUCGAACAACUGCACACAUUGAAGAGGAAACGAAAGAAAAUGGACCAACUAAAGCAACAUUGGGUCAGUUAUAUUUAUAUUUCCAAGGACUUGUUGCAGUUAAUCUUAAAAGGAACAAUAUUUCUUCAUUGAGGGAAGUUGAUAUUCGCUGGGUGAUUUACCAGGAGAUGAGUGGGCAUCUUAUCAAGUAGGACGUUUUAGCAGAAUCUGCACUUGUAAAGAAGCAACAUGAACACAAACAAACAUUGGGCUGGACCAGAACACUCAUGAAGCCUGCUCAAGUGCAGGGAAAGCUGACACUAAAUAGAGCAGAAAUGCUUCAGAUGUUUGGCCAGGAGGCUCCAGGUUAAAGGUGUUUUUCUGCAGAGUUUUGUUUUGAAUGAUAGCAGAAAGCUGUUGUAUUUCCUGAAUGUUUGUCCUUUCUCACAUUUUCCCGACCAGACAGUUUCUAUGACAUUUUUGUAGCAGAUUUACGUUGUAAAAAAAAAAAAAAAAAAAGAAAAACUAAAGACAGGGCUUAAUGUCAGUUUUGUUGUGGCUCUUUGGUCAAUGUGGCUUUUCUUUAAAUCAGAAAGAUGGUUUUUGCUUAUAGGUAGAUUCAUUUAUUUACAUUCAAGUCAAAUACCUCAUAUCAAUUUUAUUAGGUUUGUGAGACAAUACCUUGUAAACAUAUACAUACCUCUUAAAUAUUUUCACAAUUCACUUCAGUGUAUUUAUUGGGAUUUUAUGAAAUAGCCCAAUGAAAAGUAGUGCAUAAUUAUGAAAGUGUCAUAAAAGUGAUGCAUGGUUUUCAAAAUGAUUUACAUUCAUCUGACACAUGUGGAGUAUGUAAUCAUUAGGAGCAAUUUCUUUGCACACCCAGACUGAGUCUGAUUGCCUAAAUAGCUUAAUCACAAUUAAAUUAGAUCUUCAAGAAGACAUCACUUUUCUUUUUUUAUUAAAAAACAAAAGCCAAAUGUAGCGUCAUUAUUUAAUUUUACAUGUUUUGGAAUAAACAUGGAAUACUUAAAGUAUUCAGGUUUCCGUAGAAGUGUGAUCUUUAAUUUCAGGAUCAACAAUGAGGAUAAGCUGUUGGAUUUGUGUAGGUUAACAAUUUCCAGGCUAACAGAUAUCCUCACCCCCUUUAGAUGAUGUUCGGGAUGAUCAGUUUUUCACCUCACCUAGAGUUUUUCUAUAAGACAUGCAUGUAUACCCUACAUGUCUUGUGCAAACAGGAAUGUACCAACAGGACUUUCUUUCACCAAUGACUUUCUUGCAACUCUCCCAUAAAGGCCAUAUUUGAAGAAUCCACAUGUCAGAUUCUCAAAGCUAAACUAUGGGGCUCUUUAGCCAUCCUUGAGUUAGUUAAAGGCAGAGGU